GUCUCCAACAUUACAUCUGUCGCGCAGCUCCGUUGGCCUGGACACAAUAUCGCAAUUUAGCUGCGCUGUUCGAUCGAUGAAGGGACGUAAUCCUCGAUGUUUAAGAUCUCAUACCAGCGACGAUCUAGGGGAUAAGGGAACCAAGCCAUCCCCUGGCAUGGAACCAAUGGACCUCCCUUCUUCUAGAACUCCUGGUUGCUAUAUCGACAUACAUGUCUUAAGGAAUUCUUCUUUCUGCCACGCGAACCCGCCGGAUCGCAAAAAGAAUGUCUCUGGGGAAUGGCCCCUCCAUUCUUCAGGUUAAUUUACCGCCGACUAGUUAGGGGCGGCCGUCUCCUAGUUAUCGCAUUCAAAUUCCACGACUAUUGGCUUAAUAUACUUCAUGAUGCGUUGCUCCAAGAGUUUUAAUACUGCUCUUCCUUCCUGUUCUGUGCACUUGUUUGCAACUACGGUGUUGCGAAACUAACUGAUUGACUACUUCUGAGGUAGCAUGUCGUUUUCUCACCCGCUCUUCUUCAUAGCUGCGUCUACGCUAAUUGGCGUAGGACGGGCGGUUACUUUCAAGUCGUUUAAUGGAACGCAUGAUGGGCCUCUAAAUGCGACGAGUCUUCCAAAGAGUACUCACGAGGUGCUCUCGCUGCCCCUGAGAAAGGUCGAACACAAUGGUGUUGGGACGCCUAGUCUAGCGAGACGAUAUUUUGGAUCGGAUGUCCUAGGUGUCUACGGUGCAGCGUAUUUUGCUGAGUUGACAAUUGGUACCAGCGGCAACCCACAGACCGUCAAUGUGCUGCUGGAUACGGGCUCGUUUGAACUCUGGGUUAAUCCAAACUGUAGCGCAACCAGUGUGCGGCAGUUCUGCGAUGAGUUCGGACAUUACGAUCCUACGCUGUCAUCUACGUCUAAGAAUCUAAAUCAGACCUUUAUGAUCCAGUAUGGGCUGGGUAGUGCAUCGGGCACUUAUCAUCAGGAUGAUAUAUUUAUCUCUGGGGCGAAACUCGCGGGCCAACAAUUCGGAGUUUCAAAUACAUCUAGCGAUGUUUGGUUUGGUAUCCUCGGCUUGGGCCAUGGUAAGGGGCACGGCGUUAUCGACUAUGAAUCUAUCGUCGACUCGUUGGCCGCACAGGGGUAUACGGAUAGCAAGUUAUUCAGCUUGGAUCUGGGUGGCCAACCUGGGCCUACCGCCGCUAUCACGGGAGAAAUGGUUUUCGGUGGUGUCGACACCAACAAGUACGCAGGAAACCUAGCGAAAGUCCCAACAGAUCCUAACGACGCGCACUACGUCGCAACGCUGAACUCGAUCUCCCUCCAAGUUCCCGCUUUCGGCUCCGGCUCCGGCUCCGGCUCCGUCAAGACCAUCUCCCAAAGUAUCAAAGCGAUAAAUGACUCUAAGUUACCAUUACAAGUUAUUGUUGACUCGGGGACUACCCUCUCUCUACUACCCGAGUCCAUGGUCUCAGCUAUAGCUGCCGGCUUCCCUGGUGCAGAGCCAGAUGGAAAUGGCGGAUAUAAGGUGCCGUGCGAGCUACGGAAUACUACGGAGGGCCGUGUAGAUUUUGAGCUCCGUGGGGAUGGCAACGACAACGUCAAGAUCAGUGUUAGUUACAGCGACUUUAUCUGGUACGGCGGUACCGAAUGCUUCCUGGGUGCAUGGUAUACUAGCGAUGUAGGUGUAUGGAUCUUAGGGGAUACAUUUCUAAGGGGAGCAUACGUAACGUUCGACCAGAGCAACAACGCGUUGUAUAUGGCUAAUUACGUCUCAUGCGGUGAAGGCUCGAACUUGGUCCCUGUUCCAGCAGGCCCGGAUGCAGCGGCUAAUAUCCCCGGAUCCUGCAAGACGGCAGAGCCGGCACAGAAGGCCCCGUCGCCUACUGCUACUUUAGCUAGUUACGAUCCGGAGUGCGACUGCACUGUAUUUUCUUUCUCGACCGCUUUCUCCACUGCAUUCAUGACAAGUACUGCGACUGCAACUACUGCGACUAUCAAGAAGCAAGUGAGUGCAGCCCCGGUGUCCAGUUCGCCCGCCUCUGAAGACGACGACUGCGACGAGGACCAGGAACAGCCGCAGCAGCAGAAGCACGUCGAAAUAAUUACGGCUACGGAGACUUUUACGAGCACACUAGUUCGCCAUGUCAUAUACACGGCUGGCCGCCGGAUUGCCACCAGCUACGUAACAGUCGUGACAACCUUCUGCCCAGGCGACAUACUUCCCCCUGCAUCUACAACUCUGAUCACGGGCGCGGCGCAUUCCCAGACCCAAGGCCGAGUUCAGCACACUACUACGCGUCCUAUCCCAAGCACAAGUAUAUCACCUCCUAUAGAACAAGUCACGAUAGCGGAGGUAACCCGCGUGGCCGAGACAGCUCCGGAGACCUUUAUCACCACAAGAAAUACGACGACGCAGGUAGCCACCAUACUCGAGUCAGUUCACACAAACGCAUACGCAUAUUCUUCCCCUCCCUCCUGGACCCCUCCUGCUUUGACCGAAUCCAUCCUUUCCACCUUCCCCAUCUCGCCCCCCGCAUUCUCCUCUUACUCUUCCCCGCUACCCCCACCGCCGCAAACCACCGCUCCUAACGCAGGUUUCGGCGCCGUGGGCUGGGGCUUCAACAGCACCUCUACCGCUACUGCUACCGCUACCGCUACCGCUGCCGCUGCCACGAGCACCAACACCAACACCAACACCGCCAGCGCCAACUACAACUAUAACGUAGCAGGCGUAGCCAACGUCGGCGGAGCCGCAAGCCAAGCCGUCGGCGCCGGCGCCGUGGUCGCGCCCGCGGUCCCGACGACGACACAGAGCUGGUACUCGCCUAUGCCGAGCGGGAUGGCUAUGACUACGUCCGAGGCGGUGAAGAAGACGCUAGGCGAGGUAGUAGUCGGGCUGUGGACCGUGAUGAUGGUGAUGGUGAUAGGGCGGGCUGUGGGGAUAUGAGUCUAGCUCGGGUUUUUCUCUUCUCUUCUCUUUGCUUUGCUUUGCUUUGCUUCUUUCUGACUUGUCUUUUGAUACCGAUGCAUGAUUGAAUGAAAUGAAAUAAACGUACGAAUCGAGAAGCGGAUAAUUGAAUAAUAGGAGAGGGAAAUUGGGGAGAGGGGGGGGGGAUCUUUAGGGGAGGAUAUACAUUAGAACGGACAGGUUGAUCAGUGGCUUCGACAUUUGGAUUGUGGGAUAUACCUCGGUUUUGUUGCGGAGGAAAGCCGGACAAGAGGUAGCUUUUGUGGCCAGGGAGAAAGGAGAUACUUUGAUAGAUCAUAGAUAAUAGAUAGCUCAAUCAAUCAAACAUUUUAAAAUAGUUACC